UUCUGAAGCGGAAGGCUUGAGAUGUAGGUUCUGAGCCGAUUUUUAGCGAAUGUGACACGACGGCGAAGAUCCUGCUCGUAGGUCGUCUUUUUGGUGGUGGGCGUAAUAAUAUCCCCUCAAUUUUUAUUUUUUCAUUUUCGCCACAAUCACCCGAGCACUUGCAUCUACAAACCCGCCCGAAGAUCGAUUCUUUCGUCCUGAAACAGAACUCGACGAUGUUAUAGUGGCCUUAUUAGGAGACAGAACACCUACAACAAUGAUGAAUUGGAAUUGCCAGCUCCGGUAGUUGAAUUAUAUCUAGUGCGACUCUUUGGCUCCUUGCGUGCGCGACCUGGCCUGGCUGGAAAAGCGGUACUUACAACAUCUUCAUUCUUCGCCCUCAACAACUAGCGAGCAGAGGAAGCCGCCCCUCUGUUUCUACAUUAUCGCCGGUUUUUCUCGUCCAUGCCUCCUCUGCAACUGUUGGGUAAUCUAUCAUGAAGACGCUCGGCGCAAACAAAAGCACUUGUGGCACGAAGAACUAAGGAGCGCCAACAAGUAUUGUCCACGUUUGGAGGUCCGCUCCACAAUAAACCGGGCUGCGCUGCUGGCAGGUCGUUCUUGGCGAACAAUAUACAUUCAUCCACCCAGAGGACGAGUUUUCCCACGAUCAGAGCUGAACCCCAAGGGAACAAGCAGAGUGCUUAUCGGUUUACCCGGCCGAGGCCCCCGCGCGUCACAGGAGCCAGGAGUUGGCCACCGCAGUUGUUCUCGUGGUUUCAUCUCGUGUGCAGGAGACUAGAGGCGACGUCGGAAGAAGUGCAACACGACCGCGGCACAGGGCGGAGGCGAGUACAGCUACAGCUGUGAAAAGAGCACACCACCGGCAAAAGUCUCCUGCGCAUUUUCACCGGUCCAGGCAACAAGAUGAUGGACGACGUAGCGGAUCAGGAGCACGCGGUGCGCAAUCUGUAUGGGACUCUCAAACGUUACACCCUCAACUGUUCGAUGAAUUUGUCAUGCAAAACUGGCACCAGCGUCUACCUCUACUUACAUGAUCGAGCUGCAGCUUCCCAUGACAACCUCUCGGUCUCGACGCGCUAGAGAGCACUAUAAGCUGCUCCAAACCUCCUGUAAUGCGAAAGGCGCAACCUUCGCCCUUCCACUUGUGCCAUUCUUGCAUUGCAAAUUCAUGUAAGAAUCAUGGAGAGUGUAACGCUUGAGAGCGCCGCCAUAAUCUGGUGCUCUCCGUCUGCGACCUGAAGCAGAAUGGCGAGUGCCCAACGGAGCGGGUGCUGGGCCAGGCCGUGACCGUUGGGACGCGCAUGUACUUGCAUGGGGGAUGGUAUGCAAGGAAUAAACAGGGGUUGUGAGCAGGAGGUUCUUUUGUUGUGGUUCUGUGACUUAACUUUUUUUGCGGUAGAAUUGGAAAAGGAAACGAUUUUAUUGUUCAGUGCAAAAUAAAUGCAUGCUCGGCAAGCUUUCAUCAAUUCUGAUGGACAACCUCUCGUCGUGCAACUACAAAUCAGUGCGCCAUAUAUAAGUGGGCACAUCAUUCACUACAUUCUUUUUGGCUCCUCAACACCGUAAGCACAACAAUCACUUUUCCGAGACCCCCUGUACUACCUGUUUCCUCUGGAUACCGCCACCUCAAGAAGAGCGUUCGACGAGGUCUCUAUGCGAGGAAAAUCUCAAGAAGUCAUCCAGAGUUGAAGAUUAUCUCGUGGGUGGAAAUUUAUGCAGCAUUUGGUGCUUCAGGCCCUCGGGCGGUUAGUAUCUGUUGAAUGUAAAAACUGCAACUGCUACGUCCUUAUGCAGAAGUACUUAAAAAGUUAUGACGAUGUUUCACCUUUAUGGCUCAGGGAUUUUGCUUCUUGCAUACCGUAUCUGUUAGAACUGGAGCAGAUGAAAUGGUCCGAGCUUCCGGCGUCCGGGCAAAAGCCAGGUACAGAAUUUGACAGAAACAUUUUGAAAUUGGAUGAGUUCUACAUGACGCGAACCACAAUGCUUGUUUCCCCGUGCUCUUCAAAAAUAAUUGAAAGUCUUCACAAGAACUCCAGUCGUGUCACUUGAAAAAUAAAUGUGCGUUUGAAGAAGAAAAGUAAAACCCAUUCCAUUGAUGAAAAACAGCACCCCGCUACGGGCAUUCUCUUUGCCACCACAACAACCAUCUGUUCUGCUUUGGUGGUCUUUGCACGAGCGACACAAAGGGCGGACAGGACGAUCUUCUCUCCGGUGGAGCAGAAACUGGAGGCAAUCAGCGAGACCUGGGUCUCAUCGAGCAGGGGCUUCCGAGGGGCGUCGGCGACACGGGGUGCGUGUAUACCAUGGAAACGCAGACACUACUCUGGACAAAAUUUACCGGCGACAGCUCCUACGCUCGCUACUGCCACUCCUGCUCGAUUGUCGGCGGAAACGUGGUCAUCUUUGGCGGCCUUCCCGCAGAGGCGAGUGCGUCGACGAGCAACGCACUGAAUGAUGUCCUGGUGUUUAGUCUCGACACAAAGUCCUUCCGCUCCGAGCCCGUGACAACCUCCGGACAGAGCCCCACGCCAAGAUACGGGCACAAAAGCAUCGGGAUCGGGGAGGAGGUAGUAUAUAGAUACUUACGUAUGUCUAGUUUUCAGUAGUAGAUUUGAUGUGCCGUCUUUUGAGCAUGUAGGAUGGUUCUGUCAAUCGCAACCUCCCAUGUUGAGAAGUUCCUUUAUUUUUAUCACAGUGGUACUGAGUGUGAGUUGUUCGUGUGAGGAACUGAUGAUAGAUAUUGAAGAUGAUGAAACAAGAACAUCACAGCUCGUCGUGUUUGGCGGGCUGCUAGAAGACAACCAAUUAUAUUCCCUGAAUAUGGAAACCCUUGCUUGGAUAUGGAAAGGAAUAGACCGCAUCGUUUCUUGCGCUAUAAUAUGUAGUCAUGGCCGCGUAUAGUUUUAUCCACUCAUCAUGUUCAUGUAGAAAAUGCGUGAUCAUCAUCUCCUGGAGCGGAAAAAAAAGUACAAGAAAUACACGCUGUUGUCAUCAUUGCUGAGAAGAAAAGCUCUUUAUAUCACCAAGAAGCGACUCGAUCUUUUUCUACCUCUUCAUAAACAAGCAAACUCGCAACGCAAGGGACCAGCCCACUAUUACGGAAUGAGAAAAGCGCUAAACCUAAAUUGAAUAGAAAUCUGCGCAGCACGCCACACAUGAUGUUGUCUUGCUUUUUCAACGCAUGAAAAACAACGCUUUUUCAGUGAAAAAAGCUUGAGCUUUACUUGUGUGAUGUAGGAACAUUUGCGCAGCUUUUUCUUCCGAUAGCUGCCCAGAAGAUUUCACUCCUUCGAUUUGAUCGGGAACCGAGCCUUCGUGUUUGUUAUGCAUAAAAGCGCAACAGGAUUGUACCCGGCAUUUCUCCACAUGCGGUUCUGGGUUCUUCACGAAGCAGUAGCAGAAUCAUUUUUGCAUUUCCACACGAGGAAGUUGUAGUAGCCGGAUCCGAUUUGGAUUUCACAAUGUUGAGCCAAGGGCAUGAAGAGAAAUUCCGUGCUGAUGUUGCCUUUCCGCCCUCAUACCCCGCGGCAGGACAGUAUGGCGUUCUCAACUGUUACAUGAAUUGGUGAUGCUAGAAAGGCAAAAGUGAAAGGAAGGACCUUGCGCGUCUUGCAUGACAGAUUUGGCGCAGACUCUCAGCCUGUUUGGCCGUCUGAGAAUUUGUCAUGCGAAGUAGCUUGAUGGCGUCGAUAGUCAAGGCAAUUUUGCAUGACAAAUCAUGUAACAGUUGAGAAUGUAACAGUUGAGAGCGCCAUAGACAGAAUCCGGACUGACAGAUCUCUACAUUCUCGACUGGCAGGUACUAUGUUGUAGCGUUUCGCGUAAAAAGUCUGUAUAUUUUUUUGCACGUGCAAGAUUUUUAAGUACUCUACGUUCAGCAUCAAGUGCGAGGAGACCGAUGAAGCUCCUUCAUCCUAAUUGUGUCCACUUGCUACCUCUCUUGCUACCUGAUCCUGAAUCCGAACAGGAGAAACGAUGGAAGCGACCGCUGUAUGAGGGUCAAACCAACGUACGAGGGCACGCGGCAGCUACUCUGCAUGACAAGCUGCUCGUCUUUGGUGGGGCAAGAGACAAUAUGACGGUGGACAACUUCUUCUCGUCCCCCGGGUUGAAGUAGAUUUUGGAGGUCCCCUGCUAUGUCAUGCAACAGCGCAAUUCCAGCUCGCGGGCGUUCAACCGAUCCUUGCAUGACAAAGAAUAGAACUCCAAAGAGAAGUACAACUGGAGUUUCUGUUUCAGCGUACCUGGAAUAUAAUAAAGAUUUGUUAUGCUAAGCCGAAUUCUCUGCUGUUAUUGCUGUAGUUGCGCACGAGGCCUUAUGACUCACUUCGAAGGAGAAGGAGGGGUUGUCCACUUUCAUAGAACAGAAGGACGCAAGGGAGGUGGUCAUCGAGGAGAAAAUUAGCAAAAAGUUGUUUUUUAUCAAACAAAGAAAGUGCGACGUCAUGAUGAUCACUUGUCACGCGCAUUUUUGCAAUACAAAUCCGUCUGUCAUUCGUAGAAAUGCAUCUUAACGGGUCAUACACGACGAUUUCCAUUGUGUUUGUGCAAUACAGGAAGAAUAAAAAGUUGCGGUGCUAGAAAAAUUUGUGAUCAUGCAAAGUCUGCAAGAACUUAGUGACUGUGGCGUUUUUUUUUCUUUUCAUAUGUUUCCUCAACGUUUUGGCCAUCAAGGAGACCGGAGUGAACGACGGGGACUUUAAAUUUAAACUCGUCACGGUCGGCGACUCCGGCGUCGGCAAAUAUCCCAACGGAAAAAGCUGUUAGCAUAUGAUGUUUAUAAAAUAAAAAAUGCAAAAACGAACUAAGUACAAUUUACGCAUUGCAUUGACCAAGUAGCCCCGUGCUAGUAUAGGCACGCCCAUGACAGAUUUUUUUGCCUAUUAUUGUAGGUAUGAAUUUCAAUUUUUGCAAUUGCAUUUUGAAAAACACGACAAAUGCUAUGCCAGUUUAUUUCUGUGCGAUAGCCAAUCCUGUCUGCUGACCAGGUUCGUGCAGGACUUUUACGCGGAUUUUCACGUCUCGACCAUCGGAGUGGACUUCAAGACCGUGGUAACCAUGGUGAAGGGGAAGUUGGUGAAACUCCAGCUCUGGGAUACCGCAGGGCAGGAGCGGUUUUCGGUUGUGACGGGGAACUACUACAGGAAUUCUGACGGGUUCAUAUUUGUCUACGACGCAACAAACCGGACCUCUUUUGAUCACGUAGAUCAGUGGAUGGAGCAGGUUGAAUGCUAUGAUCGGUUUUAAAUAUUUUGAAUUGGAAUUUUAUUUCUGUUUGCACAUGAAUUCACGUCCUUGUUUUUAGUUUUCUGAAGAUCGGAUACUAGUCAAGAGAUAGUUAAGAUCAGCAACGACCUUUUUUUCCGGAAACAAACUCCAGGUUCAGCAACACCAUGACUGUGGACCGAACACCAUGAAGAUCUUGGUGGGAAACAAGCACGACCUGAAGGACCAAAUCCAAGUGCCCGAGUCGGAGGGCAUGCAAAAGGCGUCGAAAAUGGGGGCGAUUUUCAUGUGCACGAGCGCCAAGACGGCAGCCAACGUGGACAUGGCGUUUCUUUCUGCCGUAUCCAGUGCAAAUAUGUCUGGGCCUGGAAACUUGUGAUGCAAGUUUGCGGCCGCGCGUCCGCUUUGGGGGCUAUCAGCCAGCUUCUGUGCUGCGUACUUCGCAUGAGAAACUGCGUUUUUCUCUGCAUGACAGGCAAGAGGACCUCUUGGUGGCCACGCAAUACAGAGUGCACAGCCAAAUUCCAGACUAGCAUGACAAAUCUCGCAUUCUUCCAGACCCAGACAUAUUUGCAUUUGAUAUGCCGCCACCAAUCUUGUCGAAAUGCGGAAGGCCCGGGCGGCCGUGACGGCAGCGUCUGCGGGCACCAGCGGCGGUGGCGGUAUCGGGCUCAGUAUGCAAGAACGCAGAGAGUAGAGGAAGCAGAUGGAUGGACAAAGUGACUGUAGUUUCGAACAAGAAGUAUGAGAUAGACAGGCUGCAGAUGCAUUGUUGAAUCAGCGGGGGCGGGGAAGGAAGCCCUGAUAGAAGAUACAUGGCUUCAAGCGUAGCCGUAUGACACCUGGGAGGAUCAUCGUCCAUCUAGACCUAAAGAAAUGCUUGCAUGAUUGAAGGAUUAUCAACAGAACUACGUCACAGUAUAGUUGCCCGAAUUUGAUGAAUUUCGUAUCCAAGAAAAAAACUGUGUUAGUGUAACUUUCCUUGGUUGACACCAUCACAAAUUUGCUCUACAUGACAGCGAAAAUCUGUCAUGCGUGGCUUGUAAGGGAAAACACACACGAAAAGAAGAACUCAUGGCUGUGUGGCAUGACAGGCGUAACUCUGUUGCAUGUUCUGCAUUACAAAGUUACACUUACACAGUUUUUUUCUUGCAUAUUUCGUCUUCCACUUGCAUACAAGCAGCGGCAAACGCAAACUCCACCGGAACAACGGGGUCGAAGUGUAACUGUAAAUGAUUUGUUUUGGUGGAUCACAUGCAGAUUGAAUUGGGUCUUUGCAGAAAAACAGAAACCAACAAUGGCACUACAAUGGACUCGAUGUCGAUGGGUAAAAAUAAGCAAACCGUCUAUAUUUGAUUCUUUUUGUGAACAAUUCUCGCACGAGUGAACUAGUACAUCAUUCGACGUUAUCAUCGGUACUACUUUCCUUCUUAUUAAACUCCUGCCACUAGCUGCGGUAGGUGGAAAUAGAUACCUUUGAUUGUGACAAAGAGAAAGAGAAACUCCUUGAGAAAAGGCGACACCUGCUUCUAGUACUUCUCAGUGGAGCAUUCUACCUUCAGCUCAGACUUUUACGGAUACACCCUGCCGAACGACAAAGGUUCUUCGGUGUGAUAGAUAAGAGUAGCAGUGGCCGAAUUAGAAGUCGCAGAGUCUCGAAGACGUGUACGCGGCACGGCAUUAGUAAGUGUUUAU